GCCCUGAAUCGGAGGAACGUGAUGGCCAGGAACGGUGGGUUGCAAGAGCGGCGCGGACGUGUGAGUGCACAAACCACCUUUGCCAAUUUAAUGAAUCUUGCAGUUGAUCUGAAAUACCCACUGUGAAGAAAAUAACACCCAGGGAACAUUUACAGUUGGAUAUUUUUAAUGUUCAUGAGAUGUCUCCUAGAACGGCCCUCCUGAUGCCAUGGAUAUUCUGCCUCUUAAAGCACUGGUGUUGGUCUUGGUCAGCUGUUUUGCUGGGCUUCUUUACAACCAUCCCAGCCUUUUUUUUAACUGGGAAAGAACAAUUUACAAGAAACCUAAUUUCAUAAUAAUUUUGGCAGACGAUGUAGGAUGGGGAGAUUUUGGAGCCAACUGGGACCUAAAAAAAGGCACACCUAAUUUGGAUAAGAUAGCUGAGGAAGGAAUGAGAUUCGUAGAUUUUCAUUCAGCUGCAUCUACCUGUUCCCCAUCACGUGCCUCUCUGCUUACAGGACGUCUCGGCCUUCGUAAUGGCGUCACGCAUAAUUUUGCUGUGUCUUCAGUGGCAGGCCUUCCAUUGAAUGAGACGACAUUGGCAGAAGUUCUGAAAGAAGCUGGUUACCUCACCGCUAUGAUAGGGAAAUGGCACUUGGGACAUCAUGGCUCUUUCCACCCCAGCUUUCGUGGUUUUGAUUUUUAUUUUGGGAUACCAUAUAGCCCUGAUAUGGGCUGUACUGACACUCCAGGUUAUAACCUCCCUCCCUGCCCGGCUUGUCCCAGAUGCUCCACAACAGUCAGUAAACAUCAGAAAAACUGCUAUCCUGAAAUUGCACUUCCUCUUUUUGAAAACCUUACAAUUGUCCAACAGCCUGUAAACUUAACUACCUUAGCUGCGAAGUUUACAGAAAAAGUUAUUCAUUUCAUCCAUUAUGCCAGCCAGAAAGGCUUUCCUUUCUUCUUAUAUCUUGCUCUGGCUCAUAUGCAUGUGCCUUUGGUUUUGUCUGAGGCAUCUUGGAAUCCAUCUUGCCAAGAUCCCUAUGGAACAUACUUGAAGGAAAUGGAUGCCUUGGUGGGACAGAUCAAGGAUGCGGUUGACAGCACAGCAAAGGAAGAUACAUUCCUCUGGUUUACAGGGGACAAUGGUCCUUGGUCUGAGAAGUGUGACUAUGCAGGAAGUGUUGGUCCAUAUACAGGGAUGUGGCAAAGAAAAAAAGGUGGUAGCUCAGCAAAGCAGACAACCUGGGAAGGAGGACACCGUGUUCCCACAGUUGCAUAUUGGCCAGGGAAAAUCCCAGCAAAUGUGACGAGCCCUUUGAUGUUAAGCACUUUAGAUAUAUUUCCUACAUUGGUAUCUCUGGCGAAUGCUACUCUUCCUCCCAACAGACGCUUUGAUGGGAUAGAUAUCUCUGAAGUCCUGUUCGGGUAUUCAAGCAAAGGACACCAGACAUUAUUCCAUCCCAAUAGUGGUGCAGCUGGAAAAUACGGAGAAAUACAGUCCCUUCGGUUGGACCAAUAUAAAGCCUUUUAUCUUACAGCAUCUAGCUCAAAUAAUAUCGGAUGCUUUCAAGUUAAGACUUUUUUCUAAAUUUGGUACCUUGGCUUUAUCAGUGGCAGUUCAUGAGAGGCUAUCUCUUUGGCAAACACUUUGACGAAAAGCUCCAGUGGAAUCAAAUGUACAUUUUUCAUAUUUUGAGCUACAGCAUCAAGAAAUCCCUUUGGCUUGUAUUCUUUUGGCAAGGACUGUGAUUUGGUUUGCUGUAUCGCUCAAGAAAGAUGCUUACGUCCCAUGGCUUUAUUGUGUGCUAUGCUUUGAGGCUAGUCAAUCAUAUUUUUGUCUGAUAGUGAAGCCAUCUUGCAGCUAACUCUUAAGUUAUGACAGGCCAAUUGACGAAAGUUCAAAAUUACAACUACAUAUCUACAUACCAGUAUGUCUCAGUUUCAAAGAUGUGAUGGCUGCAGCAGGCCUGCUGUCGUUCACCCUUAUGACCCACAACAGGGCUGCUGUGGCACUCCCCCACUUCUCUCCCACAUUCCCAUCACACGAGAACCCUGCAGCACUUUGGACUGCUCCCCAAACACCUGUCACACCCCACACUUACCUUCUGAAACUCUCCAGGCCUCAAGUUGUGGAAGGAGGCAGUCCAUGCGAUCCUGGGCUGUGCUGAAACAAUCCAAAUACAGCUGCCAUUUGUGGGUGGGACAAAAUGGCAGAUGCCAGUGAAAUAGCUUCAUUGUGCUCCCUUAGAGCUGCAGCGCUGUACAUACCUUACUAAAGCAGCAAAAUCAAGCAGUUUGUCCCAGGGCCGUGUGGCAGGGACCCAAAUGCCGCCAUAUUUUUUCCCUGCCCACAAACAGGCAGGGACAAAAUGGCUGCCAGACUAGCUGCUUCAUUCUGCUGCCUCAGAGGGGUCUCCAGAGGCUUCUGUGCAGCUUAAGGCAAAAUGAAGCAGUUUAUUCCUCAGCUGUGUGUCAGCGACCAAAACUCAGCUUCUAUUUUGUGGGAAGGACAAAAUGACAGCUGCUUUCGGAACCAUGCCAUGUAGCUAUACAAAGAAGGAAGCCAUUCCAGUGCUCUGGAAGGCCUCGUAGCCUUCUGAGGUGGGGUGAGCAUGAAGCCUAAGGCCUGGGAAGACCCAGUGGGUGUAGGAAAAAUCCUUGCGGGACCCAGGGUGUGGGAAAAGACUUGGGAGGGCUGACAAGGCAGGCUUGGGUCUAUACUAGGCCUCCGAUGGCCUCCCCUUCUUAGCUCCAUUUAAUGACCUGCAUGUUUGUUUUACAUUUUAUUGGGAAGAGCAGGGAUGCAGAGUGUCAUUAGAUGACAUGUUUCACCUAACAUUUUCACCACAUGCAGCUGUAAUGGUCAGGCUCUAUUAUGGUUGUAUCUCGAGGACAACUUGUACUAAAAUCUUCAGUGUACUUGUCCCAAAAGUGCUUUUUCAAGAGACAACUGGACUUUCGGGUUUUUCCUUUGAAGACAUUUCGCUUCUCAUCCAAGAAGCUUCUUCAGCUUCUUCAGAGCUGAAGAAGC